UUAUAACAGAGUCCAAUUAUAUGUACAUAUAUAAAUGUAAAGGAAAAAGCUGGAGAACUUGCUAAUCAUUUGAUCAACAAGAAGAAUACUAGCUAGCAAGUAUAUUUGAAAUGUUUUCUUUACAAGCAAGUGAUGACUUAUUAAUUCAAAUUCUCUCAAAUCCAUGUCAACAAAGCAAGAAUAAUAUUUCACAAGAUCCAGUUAUGGAUUUUGCUUCUAUGGAUACAACGCGUACUCAUAUUCCUCCAAAUACUAAUUCACAGAAAAAGAGAAUAUCCAAAAGAAAACUGAAUACUAAUAAUGAAGAUGGAAUUGCUUCAGAUGAUCAUUUCAAGCUUAGGAAAAUUAUACAUAGAGAUAUUGAACGUCAGAGAAGACAAGAAAUGGCUGCGCUCUACUCUUCUCUUCGUUCUCUCCUUCCUCUACAAUAUGUCAAGGGAAAGCGUUCAGUAUCGGACCAUAUGCAUGAAGCUGUGAAUUAUAUAAAAGAAAUGCAAGGAAACAUCAAGGAAUUGGAGAAACAGAGAGACUUGCUAAUGAUACCCAAUUCAAUCCGACAUGGAACUGAAAAUGAUAGCACAUUCACAGAUUGUACUGUAACAGUGAGUCCCUGUCUGCAGGGUGGUGUACAGAUCUCAAUCAGUGUUGAUUGUAAAGGGAAAAAUUUUCCUCUUUCAAGAAUUCUGGGUGAGCUUCUGAAACAAGGGCUUAAUAUGGUUAGUUGUGUUUCUGCAAAAGCGGAUCAAAGGUCACUCUACACAAUUCACACUGAGGCGUGUGAUAUGAACAACAUUGAUCACCUGGCACUGCAACAAAAAGUGAUUGAUAUGAUCAACCUGGACUUGUAAUUCUCGGUUUACAAUUAAUAACAUACCAUUCAAGUGCAUUUUUGGCAGUAAGGAUGUUUGGGUUUGUAGAAAAUGCAUUGGCUGCAGCUUAAUUCCACUAAUGGUCUGGCGUGGCAAAUUGCGAUGUAUAUAAAGCAAUGAGGAAAAUAAAGGAUUCUCUGCUUUUCUACUUCAUGAGGAUAUACGAGUUGAUUUUACCGAUGGUUACUCAACUAAUGUAAUUAUUAUCUCAAAAAGUUAUAUUUCUUUUUGACUAACUUUCUGAGAUAAUAAUUACAUUAGUUGAGUCAUUACUAUUGAACUCUAUAUUUGACUUGUAUGAGAUCAAUGAUAAAUAUAAUCGGAAAAUGGUUAUGGACAA